AGGCGCCAUUUCAUUGCGGCGUCGCCCGGUAUUGUAUCGGUGGAAGAAAUAGCAUCAACAGCGGUGGAAUAAUUGGAUUGUAAUAACACUCCGCCUUCAGCCCGAUGGAAGCGGCCGCCAACCCGCCUCACGACAGCUCUCUGGUCGGGUUGUCCGGUGGCGGGAUGGACCAACACUCCAGCUCGGGCAAACGCAUCCGCAAGCCUUCCCUGCUGUACGAGGACUUUGAGAGCCCCUCUCUGCCACACAGCAUGCCCCAGGGUCCCCCUGCCCCACCACAGCCCCCAGUAAAGGAUCCCUCUCGGCCAAGCCGCAUGACCAACCAGCUGCAGUACCUCCAGAAGACCCUGAUGAAGUCUCUGUGGAGGCAUCACUUUGCCUGGCCUUUUCGUGAGCCCGUCGACGCCUACAGGCUUAACUUACCGGAUUACCAUAAAAUUAUCAAACAACCCAUGGACAUGGGCACUAUCAAGAAGCGCCUGGAAAACAACUUCUACCGUAGUGCAAGUGAGUGCAUACAGGACUUCAACACAAUGUUCACCAACUGCUACAUCUACAACAAGCCGACAGACGACAUCGUGCUGAUGGCCCAGCCUUUAGAGAAGAUUUUUCUCCAGAAGGUGGCCCAGAUGCCCCAGGAGGAAAUCGAGCUACCUCCGCCAGCUCCUCGAAACAAAAACAGCAGGGGAAGAGGUUCCAAAUCCAGCUCAUCGAGGGCUCAGCAGGUGCCAGCUGUGUCGCAGUCAGCUUACUCCCCCUCUUCCUCAGACACUGGGGAGUCUAUGCUGGCCAACUCUCCCCAGACUGUGCUGACCAAAAGCCUGCCUCCAGCAAACAUCAUGGGCAUACCCCCCACGCAGCCCACAACCAAGAAGAAAGGUGUGAAACGUAAGGCAGACACCACCACACCCUCCACCAUGGGCUUGACCGUGGGCAUGUCGGGAGCAACACACAUGGUGGGCUUAGGGAAGGGAGGUCACGGGGGCCAAGUCCACGACACCUCCAUGCACAGCAUUUCCUCCAUGGGAGGCAUGAGUUUAGAGACUCCACCUGGGAUGGGCCUGGUCAGAAGCCCCGGAGGUCCUGUCCUGCUCCAGCCUAUGAUGUCUGGCACUGGACGCAGAGUGGGCAGCGGACGCCCCAUCAAACCCCCCAAGAAGGACUUACCGGAUUCUGUCCAACCUCAGCCCUCGAGGAAGGGCAAACUAAGCCCGCAGCUGAGGUACUGCAGUGGGCUGCUGAAGGACAUGUUGUCAAAGAAACAUGCUGCCUACGCCUGGCCUUUCUACACACCUGUGGACGCAGCUGCACUGGGACUUCAUGACUAUCAUGAUAUUAUCAAGUGUCCCAUGGAUCUCAGCACUAUCAAGAGGAAGAUGGACUGUCGUGAAUACAGGGAUGCUCAGCAAUUUGCCAGCGACGUCAGGCUUAUGUUCUCCAACUGCUACAAGUACAACCCACCUGACCAUGAUGUCGUCGGCAUGGCACGGAAGCUGCAGGAUGUGUUUGAGUUCCGUUUUGCCAAGAUGCCAGAUGAACCACAUAUGGAUCACACCGCCAUGUCAGUGAGCGGCCACCCAACUUCCUCGUCCUCCUCGUCUUCCUCCUCCUCGUCCUCAUCUUCCUCCACCUCUGAGAGUGAGCCCAGCAGUGAGAGCGAAGAGAGCGAGAGCAGCCCCAGCUCAGACAGCGAGGAGGAGCGAGCACAUCGCUUGGCUGAGUUACAGGACCAGGUGUGCACACAACUUCGGGCCAUGCACGAACAGCUGGCUGCCCUCUCCCAAGGUCCCAUCAUCAAACCCAAGAAGAAGAAAGAGAAGAAGGACAAAAAGGAGAAGAAGAAAAAGAAGAAAGUGGAGAAGCGAAGUCGAGGUGGCAGAAGCAGAGCUGGCUCUGAAGAAUGGAAGAUGCCUGGCAAGAUACUGAAGAGCAAGUCUGCCAGAGCAGGAGCAUCCCAGCCCAAGAAGAGCCAGGGGAAGAAGAGUAACAAGAACAGCAAAACCGCAAAGAAGCCGUUCUACCCACCAGUGGCCCCUUCCAUGCUGCCGCACUACGACUCGGAGGAAGAGGAGGAGAUUGUACCCAUGUCGUAUGAUGAGAAGCGCCAACUGAGCCUCGACAUCAACAAACUGCCGGGCGAGAAGCUGGGUCGUGUGGUCCACAUCAUCCAGUCCAGGGAGCCCUCACUGAGGGACACCAAUCCCGAGGAGAUCGAGAUUGACUUUGAAACACUGAAGCCAUCGACACUGAAAGAGCUGGAGCGCUACGUCAUGACCUGUUUGAGGAAGAAGCCCCGUAAACCCUACACUGAGCAAGCUGCAAAGAAAGGCGGUAUUGCCAAGUCUAAAGAGGAGCUGACUCUGGAGAAGAGGAGGGAGCUGGAGAGGAGGCUGCAAGAUGUCAGCGGACAACUCAAUUCUGUCAAGAAACCUGCGAAACCUAAAGUGGAGAAGCCCAGCGCUGUAGAGACUCAAGCCCAGCCCUCUCGCCUCAGCGGUAGCAGCUCCAGCUCGGACUCUUCCUCAUCCUCAUCCUCCUCCUCGUCCUCAGACACCAGUGAUUCGGACUCUGGUUGAGAUCCUUAGUGCUGGAUAAGAGAGAAAACACUAAUAACUCAGGGACUUGGGCUGGCCCAGGACAAAACACACCCUGAAAACAGUAGUGGGCUGAGAUAUUAGAUAUUACAGUGAAAAACACUCCAAGCGGACUACUAAAAUGUUUUGAAUGUGGGACUGAGGGAUGUGAAAAAACGUCUCCGUGGAUAAUCGUAGAAUCCAAACACUAAAUGCCUUGGUUUCUCCAUCCUCCCCUUUGUAAAUACAUGUACAAAUGUAUGUUUCUUUUAUAAAGAAGAAUUUUAUGGUGAUCCCCCAAAGAGGGAAGUGGAGUAAUAAAAAAAGGAUGUGGAAAGACGGGGCCCUUACUCCAAAUCUACUUUGGCUGGCCUUACGCUGUGUCCUCUGUGGCGAGGGAAUGGAGAGUGUUAUUUAUUUGUUUUCUUCAUCCAUAUUUCCUCUGAUGUUACUGGAAUUUGAACCAGCAAGCUUUUUGGUCACAAGCCUUGUUUUUCUAACAUCUGGCCUUCCGCCUCGCUUAAUUUAGAUCUACCCCUAGACUCAGCCUUAAUGAUCCAGAUUGUUGUUAAUAGCUGUUAGAUUAUUAUUGUUAGGAAGCUCCAAAAUUCCUUCUCAUGGUCACAGGUCCAAGAGCUAUUGAGCAGUGAAUAAAGUCAAACCGACUGUAUGGUUAUCUGCCUUGUUCAGGUCAAAUUUGAAGUUGGUUACAGUUUGAGUUGUAGAUCAUCUCUGUUAUGUUUACACAAAUGUUAAAUCUCAGUUUGACAGUGAGCUUUAUGCUGCUGUCUGUUUUACAGCCUGUCAUUCUUGGUUGUUGUUUUUUUUUAAAAAGGUGGGUUUAUAGUACAGUAUUGAAAUGGCUUAACAUACUGUAAUUACAAAGUUUGCAAUUAAGUAACAUAUUCAAAAAGUUGGUUUUUGAUUUUAUGGAUGCACUUUUCUCCUAAAAAGCCCACCAGCCAUUUUAAGACUGUCUAGUCUUAUUAAUAUGACACUAAACAAAAUACUGUCUUCAGUAUUUUGCCAUCUGUUCAUACAGCUCAGCUUUGAUAUUCUUCAAAUUUCUCCUCAUGACAGUAAGUGUGUAUCUUUUUCUUAAGAGCUGAACACAGGCUGCUGAAAACGAUCAGAUUAUAGUGCCGGUCAAACUCUCAAAUUUCCACAAUUCUGUCCUGAACUUGUAAAGUAUUGUAUUACUGUAUCUUGAAGACAUAUGUAGCACUUGAAAACACAGUGAAGGUUUCUUAAAAAGAAAUCUUUCGGCACUUACUGGAACAAAAGGUGAGCUGAAUAACGCUACGAGAUUCCCAUACAGAGACGAUAGAGUCCUCAUAGUCCACGUGUAGUUGAAGCUGUUAAAUGUUCAAUGAAAGAAGAUACGCUUGUAUAUACUUAAACUGUAUUUGCUGUUGCACAAAUUAUUGUAUUUCUGCUGUUCAGUCUCUUUUGUUUCAGUUAGCUUGUAUCCUUUUUUACAUGCUAUUAUUUCUCAUUCCAGUUAACUGUCUUAGUUGUUUCCUGAAGAAUGUUCUCCUGAGCGUCGCUGCCUCUCAGAGACAUACCUUUCAUUUGACAGCUUUGUUUAUUAAAAUAGUAUGUUCUGUAAAAACACUGA